AUUGCAAUAAAAUCAAAAAUAAAAGAGUUAUGCCAUGUCAAAAUUGGUAAAAAAAUUUAGGUGCCGGUUUUUUUGUCGGUGAGUGUAUAACAAAUUCCUACAUUAUAAGAAAAUUUAUUUUAUUCACGAAUGUUAAUGUAUGCCAACCCGACUCGAGUAUUUACCUAUAAAAAAUUCACAAAAUGUAGGGUUUUUAACAAAUUUUUUAUGUACUUAUAGGCAUGUUUAUGCUGAUAUCGUGUCUGAUAUAAUUUUCUAACCUAAAAGUAAAAUCAACUUACCACAGAAAGAUGAACAAAUUCAGGCAACUUUUUAAUCAAAAAAAAUGUUCUGUUAUCGGAAUGGUUCAUGUAAAUGCACUACCAGGUACCCCCCUUUUCUCUGGGUCUGUUGAUGAAAUAGUAUCCAAAGCGUGCAAGGAAACAGAAAUUUAUUUGAAUCAAAACAUUGAUGGAAUCUUAAUAGAAAACAUGCAUGAUGUCCCAUAUAUGCAAUCUAAACAUUUAGGCCCAGAAAUCGUAGCUACAAUGAGUAAAAUUUGUACUGAACUAAAGAAAUUAAUACCUGGAAAUGUACCUUGUGGAGUACAGGUUUUAGCCUCUGGAAAUAAGGAAGCUUUAGCAAUUGCUAAAGCCACAUCAUUAAAUUUUAUAAGAUGUGAGGGUUUUGUAUUUGGACACGUAGCGGAUGAGGGAUACACUGACGCUAACGCAGGACAAAUCUUAAGAUAUAGAAAACAAAUUGAGGCUAAUAACGUUUUGGUUUUUGCCGAUAUAAAGAAAAAACACAGUUCUCAUUCCAUAACAAACGAUAUUUCUUUAGCCGAAACUGCAAAAGCAGCAGAGUUUUUCCUGGCCGAUGGUUUGAUUCUUACAGGCACCGCUACUGGGGAUCCCGCAAAGUUAAGCGAUUUAAAUAAAAUUAAAACUGCUUCUUCUCUACCUCUACUAAUUGGAUCAGGAGUUACAAUUGAUAAUGUUCAACAUUACAUUUCUGCAGAUGCCCUUAUCAUUGGAUCUCAUUUUAAAGAAGAUGGACAGUGGAAUAAGGAUCUUGAUGCUAAGCGAGUUGGCGAUUUUAUGAAGAAAAUUAACAAUAUUUUGUAAAUUAUGGCUUUUAUACAGAAAAAAUAUUAGCGUUCCUGUGGCUCAUGGAUACAAUAGACAGGAUAGUCGACUUUAUAUAGGCAUGUUUUUAAACGUGGCCUAUUAUUAAAAACGUGCCGUAUUGUCAAGGCAGCCUCGAUUUUUGGCGAACCAAUUACAAUUCGUUUAAUUUAAUCUUUGUGGUAAAAGGAACACGGAUAUUGAAAAGAAAUGGUUACGUGACGCUUUUCUAACCGAGUCGACUAUUCUAUCUUUAGUAUCUAUGCAGUGCACAUCAGCCAUGGCUACACUAUGAUAGUUUUUUAAAAUUCGACAUAGAUUAAUGAGGUAAUUACCUCAUUCUGGGCCGAUGAUUUCAAAAUUGCCAUUCGUCCGGGACAUAAAGAAUUUAGUUUUUUCGUUCAUAUAAUAAAUAUAGAGAAACAACUCUAUGGUUAAAAUUUUGUUAUUUAUUAAAUUAUUUUGUCUUAAAUCUUUCUUAAAUAUGUUACUGGAGUCAUUGGUAUACGUCAAAUAAAAAAUAUAAAUAUUUUUCAAAAAAUA